UUGAAAAAUCACUGUCAAUGGCAUCAACCACUGCUCCUUCCAAGGUAAAAGCAGUAGUUGAGAAUGUAGAAUGUGUCAGUUGUGAAGUCAAGCAGUUACAAAAAACUUGUUUAGAUCUGAGUAAGAUGAUUGAGGAGACGUUUAGUGAAAACGACAAAAAUUUAGAGCUACAAGAAGUUAUUGACAAGAUAGGGCAGCUUGACAAAUCGUUAUCCUAUUUAUUCUUUAUAAGAUAUAUAGAAAAUAUUAGUGAUGAGAUAGAGACAUUUUUGUUAUCUGGUGAUGAUCAGUCUGUAAUAAUUCUAUAUACGAGCUUGACAAACAUCAGUUGCCAAUUGCAAACAUCUGUGUGUCAUCACCUGGUCAGUUAUGUCCAUGAGACCUUACACUUUUGGCAUAAUCUAAUCAAGGAAAAAUUAUCAAAGGAGUACAAUGAUUUAUUGAAGACGUUGAAAUGGCCUUUUUGUGGAACCAAUGCUACUUUAUUGAACGUACCUUUGCUAGAGACAAUGACAAGAUUUAAGAUACUCAUUGAAUAUCUCUUUCAUCUGCAGUUACCAGAAGAAAUGAUAAAACCUGUAGUAACAUCUGUGCUGUUAACAGACUUUGCACCAGUUAGUUUGCCAAUCGCCCUUUUAGUACGUCCUCUCCGACAAAGAUUCAUUUAUCAUUUCACAGGAGCUAAAUUGACAAACCGUCAAGAUAAGCCAGAAUGGUUCUUUACACAGAUUUUAACAUGGAUCAAAGACCAUGUUCAGUGGGUACAAAAGAACAUUCAACCUGUAGCGGAUUCUGUAGGUUUUGGACACUUAGAUAUUAAGUUCAGUUAGCCGUUGAGAAACUUCAUUCCGAAUUGCCCUUAGUACAGUAUGAUGACACUCUAUUUGCGCAUUUGGUAGACGAA